CAAAGAUGUCGCUCUCAACGCUGGCGCUGUACAACGAGCCAGAAUACUCCGAUGUCACUAUACAAUUCAGUGGCAGGACUGUGCAUUGCCACAAACUGGUCUUGUGCACCAAGUCUGACUACUUCAAAAAGCUCUGCGGCCCUGGAAGCCACUUUGCCGAAGGCAACACGAAAGUGGUAGAAUUGAAGGAAGACGAUCCUGAUGCAGUCGAGUAUGUACUGCGAUACAUAUACUCUGGACAAAGUCAGACCGACGAAGACGGCAACUGGCAACUCCAACUCGAGGUCGCGAAGACGGCGCAAAAGUAUCUACUGUUAGACCUUGCUGCUAUAGCGAAGGAGAAGUUUAUGAGAGUCGCCAGCGCUGUUAUUGAACCGGAGGCAGUGUUCGCGACUAUAACUCAGAUUCGACAAAACACCUUGGAAUCAGAUCAUUUGAACGUCGCACAACAACUAGAGACGAAGCAUCUUCUUCCUCUUCUGAAAGUCCCUGGCUAUCGUGAUGUGAUUGAUCAGGACAAGUCCAUUAUGUGGAACCAUCUCGACCAAUUUCGAGACUUUAUGUCGAGCCAAGAGAAAGUCUAUUUUGUGCGUUGCGGUGACUGUAACAAGUCAGCCUUAUACCGAACCCAUGGUGGAAAUGAGCUCUAUCCUUGUUUGUAUCACAGGAGGGCCCCAAAGCAUCAGAUUUGGAUUCCAAAAGGCGAAUACUACACAUUUGAGCGGCUCUUGAAAUAUGGCUAAGACAACGAGGUUCGCUCAGGAAGCCUCAAGGUGUUAGAUUGAAAUCUUCUCUCGGGAAGAAAUCUUUUGCAGUUAUGCACAAUACAACGACUUGCUACAAAGAUCUAUAUCUACUAAGAGUGCAGCGGGCCCGGAGCGGAUUCCAAGAGUAGCACAAAAGCCAACUAUCUUGGACAAGUGCGCGCCGUAAUCGAAAAUGAAGGAAGAGUCAAACAUUCCAAUAGGAGAUGUUAUCGAUGACUUCGAGAUCAGCAAGUUCAAAGUGAGGAAUGUAUGCUUAACAGACAGCUGAGCAAGCCGAGCCCAACAGCACUGCCGGAUCUUGGAGCGUAAUAGAAUAAUUCCGGGUGCGGUAAUUCCAUGUAGUAGUGAAGCAGUCCUGUAGCCUAUCAAACCAUUUUGCAUAGUAUAGGAGAAACAAAGGAG